CCAAGAAUGAAACCUUUGUAUCAUCUGCAGUGAAUCCGAUAUUUUGUGUCUCUCGCUUGUACCUGGUGGAGAGGCACUGUUGCGGAAUCGUGGAGUCCUGCCCUUUCUCCUCAUGACGUUCUCCGUGCGGAACCCUGGCAGCAAUUUCACCAGUCUUCGGCAAGUUCGCAGUUUGUUCCUCGCAUUAAUUUAUUAAUAAAAGCACCCGAGCAGGUUUGAAGAGCUCUGCCAUGUCGGGGGAAGAUUACUUACUGGGGGAAUCGGAUUCCGACCUCGAAGAAGGACACGAACAGGAGGGUUCGGUGUUUGGUGAAGAUUUGGAGCUGAACCAGUUCGACGGACUGCCUUACUCCUCGAGGUUUUACAAAUUGCUCAAGGAAAGAAAGACUCUUGCAGUUUGGAAAGGCAAAUGUGAAUUUCUGGACACUUUGGCCAAGAGCCAGCUGGUAAUAGUCUCUGGGACAGCGAAAACUGGGAAGAGUACGCAGAUCCCUCAGUGGUGUGCGGAAUUCUGCCUGUCAGCGCAGUACCAGCAUGGAAUGGUGGUCUGUAGUCAGAUCCACCGACAGCAGGCCGUGAGCCUCUCGCUCAGGGUGGCUGACGAGAUGGACGUCAACAUCGGGCACGAAGUGGGCUACAGUGUACCCCUGGAGACCUGCUGCUCCAGUGACACUGUCCUGAGAUACUGCACUGAUGAUGUGUUGCUCAGAGAAAUGAUGUCAGAUCCCUUGCUGGAGCACUAUGGAGUAGUUGUUGUUGACCAAGCCCAUGAACGGACAGUCUGCACCGAUGUCUUACUGGGGCUGCUGAAGGAUAUUUUAGUGCAGAGACCAGACCUGAGGGUGGUGAUUCUCACUGUGCCGCAUAUGGCCAAAAAGCUGCUCACAUAUUAUGGCAACAUCCCUUUAAUAAAGCUAGACUCCCCAUGUCCAGCUGAGGUGGUUUACAGCAACAGCAGCCAAAAGGACUACUUCUAUUCAGCACUGCGACUGGUAUUAGAGAUCCAUCACACAAAGGAAGGUGGAGAUAUUGUGGUCUUUUUGGCAUCAUCACAGGAGGUUGACUGUGCUCAUGACAUAAUCAGGCAAGAGGGAGCAAAUCUGAGCCCAGAGCUGGGAGAGCUGGUACCUGUUCCCCUGAGCCCUGAGAAAGGGGGGUGUAUCCCCAGCCAGAGUGAGGAGCAGGGAAAGAGCGGCAAGUGUCCUGACAGAAGAGUCUUCCUGACCACUAGUCAGGGGGAAGACCUGUUCUGGGCAGUGGAUACUGUGAACUUUGUCAUUGACACUGGGGUUGAGAAAAGAUAUGUAUACAAUCCUCGGAUCAGAGCCAACUCCCUUGUGGUGCGACCAAUCAGUAAAAGCCAGGCAGAGAUGCGCGAGCAGCUUAUGGGUUCAGCAGGGAAGUGUUUUUGCCUCUACCCAGAGGAAACAGAGCUGCCAGAUGAGAAUCCUCCACAGAUUCUGGAGUCCAACUUCACACCCACAGUGCUCUUCCUGAAGAGGAUGGAUAUUGCAGGACUGGGCCACUGUGAAUUCAUAGACCGACCAGAUCCAGAGUGUCUUAUGCAGGCUUUGGAAGAACUGGAUUAUCUUGCAGCUCUAGAUGAUGAUGGAAAUUUGUCAGAAAUCGGAAUAAUCAUGUCAGAGUUCCCCUUGGAUCCUCAGAUGGCGAAAGCUCUCCUGGCUUCCUGUGAAUUUGACUGUGUCAGUGAAAUGCUUACCAUUGCAGCUAUGCUCACAGCACCAGGCUGUUUCUUGGAACCACCUGUUGGCUCCCAACAAGCAGCUCUCCACUGUCACAUGAAAUUCCAGCACCCAGAGGGAGACCAUUUCACCCUUAUCAAUGUCUACAAUGCCUAUAAGCAAAGUCAACAUGCAAGUAUUGAGAAGUGGUGCCAAGAGUGCUUUCUCAGCUACCCUGCUCUCCAGACAGCCGAUGCCAUUCGAUCAGAGUUGACGGAUAUCUUAAAACGAAUUGAGCUCCCCAUCUCGGAGCCCUCAUUUGGAACGAAGUGCAACACUCAGAAUAUAAAGAGAGCACUCCUGUCUGGCUAUUUUAUGCAGAUUGCAAGAGAUGUAGACGGCUCAGGCAAUUAUUUUAUGCUGACACACAAACACAUGGCUCAGAUCCAUCCUUUCUCCAGCUAUGGUUCAAAAGCAGACAAAUUGGGCUUGCCAGAGUGGGUCCUGUUUCAUGAAUACACACUGUCUGAAAAUAACUGCAUCCGAACAGUCUCUGAAAUAUCACCCGAAGUAUUCAUUCAGAUGGCACCACAAUACUUCUUUUACAAUCUGCCCCCUAGUGAGAGCAAAGAUAUACUGCAGCAUAUUAUUGACCACGUAUCAUCAGUGCAUAAAAACAAGAAACAAGACACACAAACGCUACCAAGUGACGUGCCCGAGGACUGCCAAGCAAAUCAGUCUUAUGAGAGAUGUGUUAUACAGUGACAUUUGUUAAUCCAGUUCAUUGUUCAUUUUGUAAAGGUAUAUGUAACAGUGUAGAAUACUGCUGGAGAAGACCUGUUUUUUUGCCAUGGCGGAGUUCACUGGUGGCAAGGGAGUGGUGCUGUGUAAGCUCUGUGUUUACAAUCAGAGCAGAGCUCCACGUUGCAUAUACAGUGCUCAAAAUGAGGUUAUUUCCGAGUGCUGCCAGGCUACUACUUACACAUUUUUAGAUAAUGCAUAGGGCAGAAGCAGUUUUGUCCGAAGAAUAUUAUAAAACCUGAUUGUAAAUUUAGCAAUGAUCUUUUACUGAAAAAAAUACUCAAGCAAAGAUGAAGAGAUCACCAUGGCAAUAGAUACAUUUGGGAGCAAAUGAAGAAAAACCACCUUGCGGUCUUUAAAAGAUUUGUUUUUACUUCAGUUAAAGUAAUACAUGUUCAUUCAAAAAAAUUUUAUCAGUACAGUGGUUUUGAUAAGAAUAUAAUAUAUACUGUAUAUGGUACAUGGUUUAUGGAUGAUUAAAUUAUUUAAAACUA